AUGAAGCUGUUUGACUGUUUGUUUGUUUUGAGAUAGAUGCCUAUGUCCUAGACAAAAUACAACUAAUAACAGCUACGUAGGAACAUCACAUCAAAUCCUCAAAUAGAUACUUAUCACGGUAAGUUCCUGAGCUUGCUCUCUAUUCUCUAUACUCUAACUUUGGAUCCCAGCAGAUACCUCUGUCUUUCCAGAAUUAUGUGAGAAAAUUUGCAUGCCUGAGAGUUCACUACAAAGUUCUUAAAGGCAUGUGAAGUCUACCAAUGGAGUUAAUGGGUUGAUUAUGAAGCUGUUGAAAAGGAAAUGAAAGACUGCGGCAAAGACAUAAAAACCUAUUUAAAAUAUUCCUUCAUAUAUGAAGUCCCACUUGACCUACACCUCAAACCGAUGGAAAUAGCAUAAUGCCUAUGAUAGACUUCCGAUACUUCAGAUGCGUGAUGAAGCGAGAGUGGACAUGUCCGGACAGUGAAAUCAAUUUCUAUCUCUACACGCCGGAACACCCGUACAAGCAGUGGGUUGACGUCCGCCAUACUAAGAAGUUGCCUGCCUAUGGGUGGAAGCUGUCAAGGAAGAACGUGCUUAUUGUGCACGGAUUCAAUGGGACCCAUUCGAAAACACCAAUGACAUUCCUUCGCGAUGCAUAUCUAUCGCGCAAAGACUACAACGUAUUUAUGGUGGACUGGUCGCCUCUCACAAGAUUUCCAUGCUAUCUAUCUGCUCUAUCUAAUACAAAACCAUUUAUUUCGGAUUUCAGACUAGCAGCACAAUGCACAGCCCAGUUAUACUCCCGGAUCACACAGUCUGGUGCUCUGGCUAGGAAGAUCACAUGUGUGGGCCAUUCCCUCGGUGCUCACGUAUGCGGUAUGAUGUCUAAUCACCUCACCGAGAAGCAGUACAAGAUUAUAGGUUUAGACCCCGCUCGUCCUUUGGUGUCUAUGUACGGAUCGCGGCUGUUCCGACUUGGGAGAGACGACGCUUACUUUGUUCAAGUCGUGCAUUCGAACGCCGGUUUCCUUGGAGAGAGCGGCCAAAUAGGACAUGCGGAUUUUUGUGUCAACGGUGGAAGACUGCAACCAGGCUGUAAGGGACAUGUGAUGCGAAUAGCCCGCUGCAGUCAUUUUAUGAGCUCCUGUUACUUCGCUGCAGCGGUGAGAAGGCGUAUAAAGAUGAUAGGCGUGCCUUGUGACUCUACGUGCCCUAAACAGGGCCACUGGAGUUUUCGGUACGAUCGCAAAGUGGUCAAAGUUGAUGAAGAUAUUCCUGAGACAUCACGAGGGAUGUACUGCGUUAGAGUAGACCAUGAAGAAAGUUGUCCGUUCGAUUAACAGAAUAGUUUUGUUAGUAAAUAAAAUAUAAUAAUUUAUUUAACAGUAGACCUAUUUAUUGUUUAAGUAGUUAGUUAUAAUUGUAAUGACCGUUCAAAUGUAAGAUGUAAUGAUUCCUGAAGGGAUAGAUUCCAUACAUGAGGCGUUAUAAAUAGCGUCCACCGUAAAAUAACAGGAUCUUCUGAAGUAUAUAUAUGCAUAUUGCGCUAUUCUUAGGAGAUAUUGACUUCGCAAUGUAGAUUGUACGUGAAAAUACGUGAAAAAAGGACAAAGGACUCGCUUUUCAUAUCAUGCAAUUAUCAAAAGUAAGGCCUGCUUCUAUCAGAUAUCUAAAAACUUUAUUAUUAACGUGGGGCAUCAAAAGUUCUGUAAUAUAUGAUAAAAUACAAAGUUUUAAAAAAGUUUAUUUCAUACAUAUAUUAAUAGGAAAACUGAUUUAUAAA